AUGUGUCGCGAGACUCCUGACAAUGACACCGUGGUCGAUCACCUCAGCGACUCGGGCGCCUCUGAUAAAGAGUCGAAAAAGCGUUCUUUCUUCAAGAUCGAAAGCUCUGGAGAUCACCCGAACAAUCACAAGAGACUUUGCCUGCCUCCCGUGCUCAAGACUGAGGUUGUCUCUGUCAUGGAGAUGAAGCGAACCUUCUUCCACGAUCAUCGUCCACUGUGUGGCAUCAGCUUGAGAGUUGCUGGUGACCAGAAUUAUGUCAACCUUGUCAUGUCUGGCCUUCCUUCUCUCCCUCCCAUGUGUUUCUCAGCUAACGCAAUCAUCAGUCCGAUCGAGCUCAUCAACGACGAGGACACGAAGAUCAUAGUCUUCACACAUGCAGACACCACAUUUGCGGACAAUCGUCUGCUUAUGGAAGACGGCAGUACGGAGGCGGCCGACGGCAUGCCAGCAAAGAACGUGGUGUUCCAGGGCACAUAUCCAAACCUCUACCGCCGAGAAGUUGUUGUGGUGGCUGGAGACUGUUGGUACAAGGUCAAUCUCUGCAAAGGCGACGACGUCCUUUGUCUCAACCCGAAAAGCUCCACACCUACCCUCUGCUUCAGCAACGAAUGCGAAUUUCCUCACAGUUCGUACAUCCGACUGACCAGCGACAUGCUUAUUCCGCACAUCCCCCAAAAGAUGGAGGCGUGGAAUUUUCCGAAUCCCGCCCACUUCAACCACACCGUCCCGGCAAUUCCCUUGGAGUAG